CUAAUUUAUAUUUUUUUUUAAAAAAAAAAACCACGUUCUUUCAAUCGUGGAGAUCUACACAGAACUUGCGCAUGCCGAAUGAAAGGCAUCGUUACCAUGAAAUCCAUGGGACCCACCAUGAAGAUCGGCCUUCUAUCUGCCCUCGGUGGACCAUCAUUACCGCUCCACAGGUAGGCCACACUUCUACUUUCAAGUAAAGUCGUUGUCCAUUGAUUUCAACCAACAGUGUGGCCCACCUGAUGAGCGGAAAGGUUGUACAAUGGCAGAAUCCAUUCUCCAAAGGUUCGUAUCGACAAACCCUGGGCCCCAGCUGUACAAGCUGAAUCCAUCAUCUUACCAUUUCCUGGACGGCAUCCAACAGUUCCAAACCCAACCCAGAGUAUUUACCUCUGCCCUCGGCCAUCCCUCACGUAGGCCUGUACACCACUCAACGUAUCCGUACAAACCCAAAACUCCUCUUUCUCAGUCUCCCCCUACAAAAAGCAAUUGUCGCGGUAUCGAAUCGCAUGCUGGGACCGGACCGGACCCCCCGACCUUUGAUCAUGGAGCCUGCUGCCUCCAGUUCGCGUCCACCCGAUCAGCCGUCCCCCGCCCGGUUCAACCCCACCCAACCCUUCGCGGACCGGAUAAUCCGAGCCCUCCGUCAUCACCUACGUCUCCUCCACCGAUCAGACGCCGAUUUCUUCGUCCUCGGCGCAACCGGCAACGUCUACACCGUCACCCUCUCCGUCGCCCCUUCUUGCACGUGCCCCGACCGUACAACCCCGUGCAAGCACAUACUCUUCGUCCUCCUACGUGUCCUCGGUCUCUCCCUCGACGACACGUGUCUGCGGAGGAGGACCCUCCGUCCGUGCCAGCUCAGCCGCCUACUCCGCACGCCUGUAUCCCUUGACACGCUCGCCGGGCCCCGCGCACGUGAGAGAUUCCACCAGCUAUUCUCAGAGUCUAGGGGAUCCUUCGGCCUACCGCACACGAUAGAGUUACCGGAUGAUUCCACGUGUCCCGUUUGCAUGGAGCAGAUGAGGAAGGAAGAGAGGCUGGUGGCUUGCGCGGUGUGCAGGAACUCGCUGCACGACGAGUGUUUUCUGAAGUGGAAGAGGAGCAGGGGGCGGAGGGCUGCCAGCUGUGUGAUAUGCAGGGCCAGGUGGCGGGAGAGGAAGGAGCUGGAUGGGUACAUGAACCUGGCGGCUUACGUUAGCAACGAGGAUGACGGAGCACCUGGAGACCGGGCCUCGUGCGCUGCUUAGUGCUGUGUUUGGAUGCUCUAUUGAAUUGGAUUGCAAACAGUCCCUAAAGAGGGAUAUGAUUUGCAAUUCGAUUCAGUUUUAUAUCCAAACGCAGCCUUGGGCAUUGACUUGUUAUCCUUUCAUGUGGAAUGGAAGGGUGGGAAUGGAAUACGUGGAUCAGGACAGUAUAUUUGUGAAUAUAUUACGAUGUAUAUCAAAAUAACUCAGUUUUUUUUUUUCAAGAAAA